CUGUAGUGCAUGCGGUAGUGCGCGCCGCUCGUUUCAGUCAAUCCGGUACAGUCCCAUGGCCGAGUUGGUGCGUGAAUCAGGUCGCGUGCAAGUACUCGGAGUUGCACUUGUCAGCGAGCUCAGAUUUCUUCCCAGCUCUUCGCACAAGAAGGAACAACCUUCGUGGUCUGAAGAUUACGUUCUCGGAGUCGUUUUGGGAGAUCCGGAGACUCUUACUAUACGAGAGCUUAGGGAGAUGCUUUCAGAGCAACUUGAAACUGUACCUUCAUCGUUCCGAUUUCUCACAAAGCAAGGGUGGCCUGUUAGUUCAAGACAAGAACCAUUAAUCAAAGCUGUUCAUGUUGUUGAUGACAAGAAUGUUGUGAGAAUAGAACGAAUGUUUGCUCAGUCUCGUGUGGGGGUGCUAACUGAAAGUGGUGGCUCAGUUGGAUUUUUGUUUAUUGAUUUGACUGCUACUGUGAUGCAACUUCGAGAAGCAAUGAAAAAACAGAUCUCCUAUGUUGCCAAGUUUUCAGAUGGGCUAGUGAUUCUUGAUCGCAACGGCUGGCCAAUCAGUCAGGAUCAAGAAAGUAAACUGACAGUUGUAGAUGUUCUCAUUGGUCAAACAAUGUACAUACGAGACAGUAAUGUUACCAAGAGUAAUUGGUUGCCAGUUAUAGUAAAUCCUCAUGCUCACUCUGGACACCAAAUAUCAACCAUGGGAAGAGGUCAUCCUUCUCUUGCUGAAGUAAAAUCUCCUCGUCUUGCACUAACUGAUGUGACAGAUGGAGGCGAUCCAGUCUUGAUAAAGGAUAUGGAUGCAGGAAAAGAAGUAUUGAUAAGCUAUGUUCGUAAGGAAGCAGCCAAAUAUGCACGUGAUUUAAAAUGUGGUCUUUUGGAGCUGGGUUUAUCAGUUUAUCUGGAUGUUCAUGAGAUUAAAUGUGGUGUUGACUGGCAAGACUCUUUGAACAAUGGAAUUGCCGGAUGUGAGGUGUUUGUGCCUCUUGUGACACCAUCAUAUGGAGAGACUCAGUGGACAAACAGAGAGGUGAAGCUGGCUGAUGUUUUAGGAAAAUUUAUUGUUCCUGUAAAUUUUGUUAGUGACUGGCCUCCAAGGUGUCUUGCCAUUCAGUUUGCAACAACUCAAUUUAUUCCAUGGAAACUAGCAGAAAAUGCAACUGCUGGAGAUCCUCACACGUGGGAUCAUGAGUCAAUUUUUCGAGUUUCUAAGGCAAUAGCAGAAAAACUUGCUAGAGAACGAGGCAGUGGAUUAACUGAGAGAGAAAUCACAUUAAAGAGCUAUGCUUCAGUUAAAGACCUUCCACCUUUAGUUGCUGCAAAAACAACAUCAUUAAAGGAAUCAAGAGAUGGAAAGCCUCUUAUUGUGGUCUGUUGCCAUGUUGAACAACUGCCAUUUGUCAGUCGUCUUCAAGCAAUACUUAGCAGCUGUAGCUAUGAUGUUUGGUCAACAGACAAGCUGUCUCUACAUGAACAAGAACAAUUACUGAAUGAGCAGCAAAAGAGUGGUGCCCAACAGAAAUAUCAACAUUCUGUCAGCUUUUCUGAUGGCGAUGGAAAAAAGUUUACUCAAAGGGUAGAUGAGGCUAAUUGCAUUGUUCUAGUUUUGUCAACUGCCUUUGCAAAGUCUGUUACCUGCCAGCAGCAGGUAUUCUACUGUGAGCAUCGGAAACGCCUUGUUAAGAUUCAGUUUGAAAAGUUUGCUGUACCACCAUGGCUGAGUAUGCUGAUUGGAACACGAGCCAUGGUUGAUGGACAAACAUCAGAUUUCGAGAAAGUUUUGAAACACCAAGUAGAACUUGCUUUAGAUCCCUUUAUUGAACCUGAUGCUGAUGACAGCACUGAUGAGGCACUGCUAAGUAGAUAUAUAAAAGUAUUGAAAAGUAUGCUACCUGAUGACAACAUGGUUUACAUUUCUGGUGGAGUAGAUUUCUAUAACUCCAAAAGUGAAGCAGUUUGCAGGGCAAUUGGAACAGCAUUAGCUCAAAAUGAACAUCUCAGUAUUGUAACGGGUGGAUUCUAUGGAGUUGGAGAAACAGUUGGUCGAAGCUUCUUUGCAGAAAGGAAAAGGUUGCAUCGAAGUUGUGGAGUGUACCAUGUACUACCUGUCAAAGAAAGCAAGGAUUUUUCUGGUAAGGCUGUGCAAAAUGCAGAUGGUUUGUUUGCUAAGCUGUCAUAUGGUGAAACAAUCUUCUGUGGACAAAGUGUGAGGCAGAGAGAAAUGAUAGUGUCAAGAAUUAUUACUAUCAGCAUAAUAGUUGAAGGUGGACCCGGGGCUGCACACGAAGCAGAAGAAUUUGCAUGGAAUGACCACACGGUCAUUCCUGUCCAAGUUACUGGCGGUGCAGCAGGAGGCAACUUUGGAGUUCCCACAUCAAUAUUUCAGACCCCACCUGGUGUAUCAGAAUCAGAUUGGUCACAACUGAGCAAUGAAGAUGCAUCUCCUGAAGAGAUUGGAAUGGCAAUAGAGAGAAUUGUCCAGACCAUUCUCACUGCUGAGGUUACAAUUAAUGAACAAGUACAGUCUGCAUCUUCUCCUGCUAGCACAGCUAGCAUUACCAGUACUCAAGACGUCUGAUAUCACUGCACUAAAGCACACACAACAGGCAAGAAUAUUGGGUACAUUUGUGUUAUGAGUUUAUUAACAUUUCUAAUUUGAUAAACAAAGGCAAUUUGAUAUUUAGUUGAGUGUUUAUUAUUUGCAACAUAAGAUAUAGAAGAAAUACGUUUGACAGUAGAAGCACAUGUCAGUCACGUGUGUGUAGCAAACGUUUAAUUGAACCAAAGUCACAAGUCAUUGAAA